AUGGUGAUAUUUUUAGAAAAAAAGAAUUUUGUUUAUAUGAAACUUAUUUUAAGUCCCUUUGAAUAUUUUUUAACUCAACCAAAGGAAAAAGCACAGCAAUAUACAGAGCAAAAUUGAAACCGGAUGGAGCUUUUAGAAUUUCAUCGAUCAGUUAAAGCACAUGUGCUUGAUUUCAAUUAUUUUAGAUUUGAGAAUCAAAAAUAUAUUCACGGCUGGGCUUAUAAGUCCGAUUACAAUCUGAACGACCGUAUCUCAGAUUUCUGUGGCAUAUUGUUUUUGAAUUUUAGUAAAAUAUCUGAAUAUGAGAUGGUAUAUGAAUUAUAUCGAAAUCUCAAAAGUUAUUUAGUAGUAUCCUUAAAAAAAUUAUAA